AUGCCACAGCAUCCUGCCUCAAGAAUGCAGCCUCAGCAACUGCAUCAGGCAGCAGUACAUCCAAUUACGCAACCGUCGUCUUUGGGUGUAAUCAAGUGGCUACCACACUGCGGAGCAUGCAGUCACUUAUUGCAUUGCCACAACUGCAGCACGACGCCUACUAAGGGGCAGGGGAAGGGUUCACAUGUGUAAACCAAACCUAAGACAUGAUGUUGGCAAAUUCAUCAUGGACAGACAAUGUGAACUGAGACCUUAGCGAAAUUAAAUGCUGC